ACAGGGUGACAUCCACCGUAUAAAAAUGGGUGUAGGCUCUCCAGAUGACUUCGGUGUCCAGCGCAAUCACGGCGCGCCACCUGAGUUACAUACCAGUCCAUUGGCCUUAGCACCCAGAACUAACAUGAAGCACAAGGCGAACGAUGAGAAGCUGCAAGUGUUAUUCGACAAUUACACAAAUGAAUUCCAACGAAUGGUAGAAUGGGCACUUAGCAGCCUCAAUCGCUCACGUGAAGAGCUUCUAGAUGUAUGCUUCGUUGUUUACCUAGAGGUCUAUGUUAGACUCUUCCGUUCGUCCGCCGAUUAUGCGCGCAAAUUCCUAAAGGAAUUCCUAUCAUUAUUUGAAUAUAAAUUCGGUCAUUUCAUUAAACCUAUUAUGGAUUUCUUAUUUCCAGACCAAUUGGCUAACUCACCAUUGAUACGGCAGCGUGCAUUUCUACAGCAGAAGUAUUACAUCAUCCUAUCUAAACGGGCAAUGCGCUUGAUAACAGGAUGGAUGAACAAUAACGAAGGGUCUGUACUAGACGAUAUCAUUAUUGAAGGCGUUGAGUUUCUAGACGGCGAGCUUUUUAACCACAGCCAAGGACACUUGUUCCGGAGUCACUUUAUCGCAAAGUAUGAUAUCGAUCCCAUUACCGUAAACAGGUACAAGCAUCCAUUUUAUGGCCUUUAUAUACGUGAUUUCGAUGACGAAAUAAAAGCAAAAAAGGUGAAACAAGCAGAAGUACUUGCUAAACAAGAGAUCCCAUAUAUUCCAUUGGGCCUUCCGGCUGAAAUAUUGGCCGAUUAUAGCACUACAGAAUGUGGUAGCGCAAUUGUAGAGACUAUUACAGGCGAACACGCUCGAUUAGAGGAACCUGAUAAACUGGUCCCAUUGCCUAAACAUGGAACCGACUACUACCAAGCGCUCCGUGGCAUGUUCAUAGCACAACGUGAUGCACGAGUGCCACAUGACAAUACAAUGGCACUGAGCUAUACCUUCCAGAACGUACUGCGUAGCUCAAGUUGCGCUAUAUCCGCAUUCGAUGGCAGGUUUGCGGCACUAGGACUAGACGAUGGAGGUAUCCUGGUUUGGGACCUUGUCACGUCGGAGUGCGCAAACGCCAUGAAAGAUAUCACGCCGGUGUUGGGAGAAAGCAUCGCAGCUCGCAGUGUAGCCAAAAGUGCAGGUGCUACAAUAGUAGACCGACUGCUGCAAAACAAUAGCUCAUCGGGGACGACACGCAGCACGGAACAGCAGAAGGAUAACCUAGUGUCCGGGGAAGGAAUCAUGUACGGACAUGAUGGAUCAGUACAAAGCCUGGUAUUCGGUGAAUGCGGCAAGGUACUGCUUUCUGGUGGUGUAGAUGGUGAAACUCGACUAUGGCUCAUGGGCUCUAAAUCAACACGCUGCGUCUACCGAGGUGGUGAUAGCGCCGUUAUGGACCUAGCAUACGCACCGUAUGGCUUUUACUUCUCAACGUGCGAAGCUGAUGGUGCCGCAAGGAUGUGGGCAACUGAUCGUAGUUUUCCCCUAAGGAUCCUUAGGACAGCCCAAGCCGACUGCCUAGGAGUUAAAUUUCACCCCAACUCAUCGUUACUAGCCACGCCAUGCAGUGAUGGUAAAAUACGAUUCUGGGAUUUGCGAACAUCAGGAUGUAGCAUCAUCCUGGACUCCACCCCCAAUGGAGUUAAAUAUAACCCGUGCUGCAACAGCGUCAUCGCAAUUUCUAAAAACGGACGAAUAUUGGCAUCCGCCAACGGAAACCACGUAACUGUAUAUGACCUCUACCAAAGCAGGCAAAUGCAAAUGCUACUGGGACAUACAGAAACCAUCGUAGCCAUGGACUUUAAUAAUGGCACCACCGAAUUAGCAAUAUCGGAUCCAACAGUGGUUUCACUCUGGGAUCUCAAUUGCUCCCGUCAAUGGCCUUCUUCACAACAUCCAAGUGACUCUACAAGCACAUUCAACAGCCGUGUAUCCACGCUUACACAAUUUGAAAAUGGAGCUAUCGGAUUGAAAAAGGCUAUGCGAGUUGUGGACACCCAAAUUCGUGACAUUGGAUACACACCAGAAAAUGUCUUACUCACACUGGGACUAUCCACAUCCAAAGAAAUGGACAUGUGAAUAUACGCCCAUGACCAAACGCAUA